UACACCCCACUCACGACUAGAGAGAGAGAGAGAUUUUCCACCUCCUGCAUUUUGUUUUCCCUACCGUCCUUUUUCCAUGGAGUCCGCCGCUGUUCUUCGUUCCUUCCACUGUUCUGUAGGCACUGUCUCACAUGUGCGGUCCAUACUUGAGAGGCCUUGCAUGGUUGCCAUGCAUAAUUCUACCUGGCCCAACUUAAGUAAAUCACACAUCCAAGGCUUCACAUUUGGUGGGAAGCUUGUUUCUUAUCCAAUUAAGCAGGAAGGAAUGGUUGUAUCAUGUGUAAAGACAUCUGAAGUUACCCUGGCAGCUAAAUCUGAUGUUCCUUUAGAUAGCCGAAAACAAGGAUUGUUGGAGAAGAAUUGUCUGGGAAGUGCAAUAUUCCCUAAUGGAUUUGAGGCCUUGGUCCUGGAGGUCUGUGAUGAGACACAGGUUGCUGAGCUGAAACUGAAGGUUGGAGACUUUGAAAUGCAUCUCAAGCGUAAUAUUGCUCCCACAGUAGUUCCCAUGCCAGUUGUUUCUCCUGCAACACCACCACCAAUUUCUAAUAAAUUGAUGAUUGAAUCAGUUCCUGCUUCCCCAAUAUCACCACUGCCAAAAUCUUCUACAGAAAAAAUCAGUCUGUUUACAAAUGUCCCUGCAGAGAAAUCAUCAAAGUUAGCAGCAUUGGAGGCUUCUGGAGCCAGUGGAUAUGUUCUAGUGUUGUCUUCAAUUGUUGGUUCAUUCCGAAGGGGAAGAACAUUGAAAGGAAAGAAGCAACCUCCUAUUUGCAAAGAGGGUGAAGUAAUCAAAGAAGGACAAGUGAUAGGCUUUCUAGAUCAGUUUGGCACUGAACUUCCUGUCAAGUCCGAUGUUGCUGGAGAGGUCAUAAAGCUUCUCUUCAAUGAUGGAGAAGCUGUUGGUUACGGGGAUCCUCUUAUUGCGGUCUUGCCAUCAUUUCAUGGUAUCAAGAAUUCUGUCUCCUAUCUGUGAUUAAAUAUAGUCUCAGCUUUGUCGGAGAUCACUAAGGUCUGCAGUUUACUUUAACAAAUUGUUCAGUUCUUUCCUUCUUAUGCUUCCUUGCAUUGCAAAAUUCGGGGACACAGGUGUAGCUGGUAAUGUGAACUUGCUAUUAUUUGUCAGUUUAAUGGACUCUAGAUCCGGAAAUAAAUAAUUUUAUAUUAGAAAUUGAAAAACUUUUAUCAGUUGUAUUAGGUAUCUUUCUGUAAGUUAUAGUUAUUUGUUGCGGAUGGAAUACCAAGUAUGCAAAAUACAAAAAAGGGAGCUGAUCUGCUCCAAAACAGUGCUGCUCCAAUAUAGAAAAUUUCAUCGCAAUAACUUUGGACCAUUGUGUCCACUUUUGUAGUGAACUUAAAAACCACUGCAAUUUCUUUCAUUAUGCACAGUUAA